AUUUAAUUAUUUUUAUUUGCAAAACGUAAAACAGAUUAAGGGACCAUUUGGCAGAGAUUAAAGGGGAGAGAGGUGGUCAUGUCAACAUCUGCGACGAACUUUGGGUUAUCGGAUGGCAUCAACAAAUUCAUUGUUGUCCACUUGGCCACUCACACAUCACACCAGUUGAAAUUGAAUGCCGGGUUCACAAAAGAAUCGGCAGCAUAAAUAAUCCAAAUAGGGGAGCAUAAUCUCACGUUGUGGUGCCUCCCUUAGAGAUCGACGAGCAGGUACCAAGUCCACUCCCUGGAUCGGUCCCAACGGAGGGGUAUAAAUAUCAGGUGUCUGGCAAGGGGCAGACACAGUCUUCGUUCAUUCGUCGGAGAUAGCAGUCGGAAAUAUAGUCCCAAAAUGAAGGUCUUUGUCGUCAUCUGUGUGCUGAUUAGCCUGGCCUCGGCUGAUUACGUGGUCAAGAACCGCCACGACAUGCUGAGCUACCGGGAGGAGUGCGUCAAGGAACUGGCUGUUCCUGCCGAUCUCGUUGAGAAGUUCACCAAGUGGGAGUACCCCAACGACCCCAAGACCCAGUGCUACCUCAAGUGCGUCUUCACCAAGUGGGGCCUCUUCGAUGUGGAGAAUGGUUUCAACGUGGAGAAUGUCCACCAGCAACUGGUGGGCACUCACGCCGACCAUGAUAGCGUUGCCCACGAGAAAUUGGCCCAGUGCAUCGACAAGAACGAACAGGGCUCCAAUGCCUGCGAGUGGGCCUACCGCGGAGCCACUUGCCUGCUGACGAACAACCUGGAGCAGAUCAAAAAGAGCCUGGCCCCCAAGUCCUAGAGGGUUGAUUAGCCGUAGUUACUAAUAAGCAUCAAUUUAGUUAAUAAACACAUUCACUUUUCGACAAGGUA